AUGGGGGAGUACCAGAGAAAGAGGCUAAACAUUGCUUGCGAUGUUUGUCGAGGACGAAGAACGAAAUGCGACGGCCAACGACCCAAGUGUGGCUUCUGUCAGCUCCAGGGUAGUCACUGCGUCUAUCAGGCUGCUCCCCAGCCACCACCAUCAAGGCUAGAGCUUGACAUUGCUGGCAUGCGCGAACGACUGGAGGAUAUCAUGGGCCUCCUCGUCUCAGACCACCGGUGGGGCAAGGACACUCGCUCUUUGUCUCUACCUGCAGCUAGCACAACUGCUUCACUACAUGCAUCAUUUCAAAGUUCUCCACGAGCCUUGAGUGACCAUGAGGUCAAAUAUGAGCCAGAUGACUCCGAAUUCCCCAUCAUGGUCCUUCAGCGGAGAAGCACGAUGAUCCUACUCAGCCUUGAUCCGGACAUGGGCGUCUGGCUGAGUAGCAUGGAGCGAUCUACCGGCUUUUUGUCAAGGCGAGACCAGGCUGUUUCUCCGCGGGUAUUUCUGCUACCUCCAGAGAGCAUAUCCUCUACCCUCCACGCUUUUUCUGAAAGGAUACACGUCUGGCUACCGAUACUCUCCUCCGAUUUUCAAGAAUCAUUUCAUCACUGCAUCAACGGACAGAGUACAUCCCCUUCAGACACUUGUCUAGCUAUGUUGGUCAUGGCUCUUGGGUUAUUUGCCGCUGCGGACACAAUCACAUCAGCCCUUGACCAACAACUUGGUGCUGAGUAUUUCGCCGAAGCAUCCAAGUUACUUCCCGAAGUUCUCCUUGAUUUCAAUGUCAGGAGCCUGCAGUGCUUGAUUUUCUUUUCUGUGUAUUACAUGCACCUCAUCCGGCCAUGUCAGGCACACGAUCAUAUCCUUAUGGCCUCAGCCAGAGCACAGAACAUGCUCAAGAUCCACUCUCAGGGAAGUGAUACGACAACGGUGGAAGCUUUGCGCCGCGCCUACUGGGCCAUACUACUUAUAGAGAGCGAACUUUCCAUCCAGCUUGACCUUCCAGAUAGCGGCAUCUGGAAACACGAGGAAGAAGUCCAGCUGCCGUCGCCCAACGGGAUCUGGCACCUUUCCCUCCCUGGGGACAGCACCAUGUCGCCUCCAUCGUCACAGGCCUUUGAGUUUAGCUCUGAUACUACCCCGGUAUACUUCUUAGCCGAAAUAGCUAUGCGCAGAAUGCUGCGGCGCUGCACAACAUCACUCAGCAAAUCCGCCGAGGGCGAGUUCAGAUAUGCACCCGUCAUCGCCAGAGAGCUAGAGCUGCAGUUGGACGGUUGGCACAAGUAUCUACCGACGUCUCUUGUCUUCCACAAGCAGCCCACAGGGCUGUAUGAGGUAGCUGAAGGUCCUCGUGCCCAAUUCUUGCAAGCCCAGUUUUUUGCAUGCAAGGCCUCCAUCUCCUGGCCAGCUGUUUAUCAAACCAUCACACUGGGUUUCGUGGAUGACAAUAUGUUGCCGUACUGCACCAAGUUCUUUGACGACUAUGUGUCAUUUGUCCUGGCUGCUACAACGUCGAUGCAAACGUGUAUGAUGAAUACUUGGACCUUAGCCGCAAGGUAA